UCAUUUAAGAAUGCAUAACGUUUCCUAGUUCAGUAGGAAACUCGUAACUUGCAAAAGAACACCAAAACCUCAACUCCAACGUGGGAAAACUGUAGAUGUAAAGUAGAUUGAGAGAAAAUGGCGGAAACCCAAGAUGAAUUUGUACAAUCCCUGAAAACCCACCCAACAAUCUUCCUUUAUUCAUCUAAAAAUCACAGGUGUGUGAGUUAGAGUAUGCUCUGAAGUAGGAUGCUGUGAGGAAAUCCUCUUCAUCACCUUUAAUUUAAGCUAGUAGAUCUUUGAAGUUGAUUCUGGUAUGGCUGCACUGGAGGAGCUGAAGAAGAAGCUUACCCCGCUAUUCGAUGCUGAGAAGGGAUUCUCCUCUGGCAACACUCUUGAAUGUGGUGAUUCUGACAUGCUGUCAGAUGGAGGGACUAUUAACUUGUUGAGCAGAUCAUAUGGAGUUUACAACUUCAAUGAGCUAGGAUUGCAAAAAUGCACCUCAUCUCCUGUAGAUGAAAACAGUCCUAGUGAAAAGACAUAUCGAAUUGCAUCCCGGGAGAUGAGGGUAUUUGGAGUUAUAGGCAGUGGUGCAAGUAGUAUUGUUCAAAGAGCUAUACACAUACCCACACAUAGAAUUCUUGCCUUAAAGAAGAUCAAUAUUUUUGAAAAGGAGAAAAGACAACAGCUUCUAACGGAGAUAAGGACACUUUGUGAGGCACCUUGUACUGAGGGUCUUGUAGAAUUUUAUGGGGCAUUUUAUAUUCCCGACUCUGGACAAAUAAGUAUUGCUUUGGAGUACAUGGAUGGUGGAUCACUUGCAGACAUCAUACGGAUCCAGAAGUCUAUACCAGAAUCUGUUCUUUCUGCUGUCGUCCGAAAGCUACUAAAUGGAUUGAGCUACUUGCAUGGGGUUCAGCAUUUAGUACACAGAGAUAUAAAACCGGCGAAUUUGCUUAUUAAUCUGAAGGGAGAGGCAAAGAUAACAGAUUUUGGUAUAAGUGCUGGGCUGGAAAACUCAAUGGCGAUGUGUGCCACCUUCAUUGGAACCGUUACAUAUAUGUCUCCAGAGAGAAUCCGUAAUGAGUCGUAUUCGUAUCCUGCUGAUAUUUGGAGCCUUGGUCUUGCACUAUUUGAGUGUGGUACGGGAGAGUUUCCAUAUACUGCAAAUGAUGGACCUGUUAAUCUUAUGCUCCAGAUCUUGGAUGAUCCCUCUCCCUCACCAUCCAAGGAGAAAUUUUCAUCAGAGUUUUGCUCAUUUAUUGAUGCUUGUCUACAAAAAGAUGCAGAGGCAAGGCCCACAGCCGAGCAGCUUCUUGCACACCCAUUUAUUACAAAGUAUGAGGAAUCUCAUGUUGACUUAGCAGCUUUCGUCCAAAGUGUUUUCGAUCCUGUGCAAAGGUUGAAGGACCUGGCUGAUAUGCUUACUAUUCACUAUUACUUGCUUUUUGAUGGACCUGAUGAUGGGGAGUGGCAGCAUAUGAAGUCAUUCUACAACGAAGGAUCUGCUUUCAGUUUUUCUGGGAAGCAAUACGUAGGAUCAAAUGAAAUCUUCUCUACAUUGUCAGAUGUGCGGAGAAAACUAGCAGGCGAAUGGCCUCCUGAGAAGCUAAUCCACGUUGUCGAGAAACUGCAGUGUCGUGCUCAUGGUAAAGGGGGUGUAGCAAUCCGUGUAUCUGGCUCUUUCAUUGUUGGGAACCAGUUCCUGAUAUGUGGUGAUGGUAUGCAAGUGGAGGGAUUGCCAAAUUUUAGAGAUCUCAAUAUCGAUAUAUCAAGCAAGCGAAUGGGAACAUUUAAGGAGCAAUUUAUCAUUGAAGCAGGAGAUGCCAUUGGAUGUUACUACAUAGCUAAUCAAGAGCUUUACAUUAUGUCAGAAAACAGUUAGAAUUGCCUCAUGCCUUCCUUUUGUAUCAGGAUAGUGCAUUCUACUGAGUUAUAGUAUUUGUAGUUCCAAUUUGUACAGUGAUAGUAGUAUCAAUUAUUUAUCUUUUCAAAAUGUAGAUAUGUUUCAGCUGAUUUUGCAACUACUGAACAUCAUGUAUAAUAUAUGAUUUUUCCCACUUCAAUAGUAAAGAUCUAUAUCUCAACUUCCAAAA